AUGGCCAGCGUAUCCUAUCAUAUUGCAAAUCUUUUGGAGAAGAUGACCUCCAGUGACAAAGACUUUCGUUUUAUGGCUACAAAUGACUUAAUGGGAGAAUUACAGAAAGAUUCUAUAAAAUUGGAUGAUGAUAGUGAAAAAAAAGUUGUAAAAAUGUUGUUGAAGUUACUUGAGGACAAGAAUGGAGAAGUUCAAAAUUUAGCUGUAAAAUGCAUGGGACCUUUGGUAAACAAAGUAAAGGAGUUCCAGGUUGAAACAAUAGUGGAUACAUUAUGCAGCAACAUGUUAUCAGAAAAAGAACAGCUGAGAGAUAUAUCCAGCAUAGGUUUAAAAAUAGUAAUUAGUGAAUUGCCACCUUCGUCCACUUCACUUGCCGGUAGUAUCUGUAAAAAGAUAACAGGACGACUAACUAGUGCUAUUUCAAAAGAAGAUGUCUCUGUUCAAUUAGAAGCCUUGGAUAUUCUUGGUGAUCUACUCAGUAGAUUUGGAGGUUUACUUAUUAAUUUUCAUUCCACCAUCCUUCAAUCUCUACUCCCACAAUUGUCCAGUCCUCGUUUGGCUGUCAGGAAAAGAGCCAUUGUUGCUAUUGGCUACCUUGUAAUGAGUUGUAACAAUGAGUUGUACCAAGAAUUAAUUAACUUCCUUUUGGCGGAAUUGGAGAGAAAUGUCUCCACAUCUACAACUCGUACUUAUAUUCAGGCUGUCGGUGCUAUCAGCCGUCAGUCUGGUCACCGAUUUGGUGAAUACCUUGACAAAAUGGUUCCUCUUGUAGUUGGUUUUUGCAAUGAAGAAGAUGACGAAUUACGGGAAUAUUGUCUGCAAGGUUUUGAGUCUUUUGUUCGUCGUUGUCCUAAAGAAAUAACUCCAUUUGUGGAACAGAUAACUCCUAUCUGUCUGAACUACAUCUGUUAUGAUCCUAAUUACAACUAUGAUGAUGACGAUGAAGAAUCCAUGGACACAGGACUUGAAGAGGACGAGGAUGAAGACUCAGAAGAAGAAUACAGUGAUGAUGACGACAUGAGUUGGAAAGUGCGCCGUGCUGCAGCCAAGUGCCUCGAUGCUAUUAUUGGAAGCUGGCAUGAGAUGCUGCCAGAUUUCUACAAAAAUAUUUCAUCUGCUUUAAUUGCAAGAUUUAAAGAGAGAGAAGAAAAUGUGAAGGCUGAUAUCUUCCAUGCUUAUAUUACUUUGCUUCGUCAGACUAAACCAGCCGUCUCGUCUGGACCUGAUUCUAUGGAUCAUGAAGAAGGACCUGUAGCAAUGCUUCAAGCUCAAGUUCCUAGUAUAGUGAAAGCUAUCCACAAACAAAUGAAGGAGAAAAGCGUGAAAACUCGUCAAGGAUGUAUUGGCUUGUUGAUGGAAUUGGUUCAAGUGCUACCUGGGGCUCUAACCAACCAUAUGCCGGCUCUUAUUCCUGGCAUAUUAUAUUCUUUUAGUGACAGAAGUUUCAGCUCCAAUAUGAAAAUAGAUACAUUAGCAUUCCUAAACUGUUUGAUGGUGAACCACAGCCCAGUCGUGUUUCAUACUCAUAUCGAGGUUCUUGUACCUCCAAUCAUUUCUGCUGUGAAUGAUCCCUUCUAUAAAAUUACAUCUGAAGCCUUGUUGGUUAUGCAGCAGCUUGUUAAGGUUAUACGACCUUUAGAUGCUCCAUAUAAUUUUAAUUUUGAGCCUUUUGUAAAGGACUUAUACAGCUGUGUGUUGUGUCGGUUGAAAGCUGCAGAUAUUGAUCAGGAAGUGAAAGAAAGAGCAAUCACCUGCAUGGGACAAAUUAUUAGAAACCUUGGUGAUAGCUUGAAUGAAGAAUUAAAAGUCUGUUUGCCUAUACUUUUGGAACGUUUGAAAAAUGAAAUCACUCGUUUAACUGCUGUUAAUGCCUUCAGCAUGAUUGCCGGUUCACCAUUAAAAAUUGAUUUGAGGCCAGUUUUGGAUGAAGCCAUUCCUAUCCUUUCUACUUUCCUCCGAAAAAAUCAUCGGGCUUUGAAGUUGAAAACUUUGGCUUGUCUGGAUGUUCUUGUAAAGAAUUAUGGUACAGCUCUUACUCCUGAAAUGAUUGGCAACAUGAUGGAAGAAAUGCCACCACUGAUUAAUGAAAAUGAUCUUCAUGUAUCUCAGCUCACUCUCAACCUGCUCACGUCCAUCUCCCACAUACACCCCGCUUCUAUGACAAAUAUCCAGCAGGAAAUGCUGCCACAGAUUUUGCUGUUAGUGCAAUCUCCCUUGUUGCAAGGUGGUGCACUUGAUUCCAUCCUAGAAUUUUUCAAGGCACUUGUUAAUGCUGAUUUGUCCAAACUAAGUUCAAGAGACCUUCUUCAGAUGCUCAUUACACCUGUAUAUAACCCUCCAAUAAUACAGCCCAGUAAUGCCGUCUUGGCUGUACAUAAACAAGCUUUUCACUCAAUUGCUAAAUGUGUAGCUGCAAUAAUUGGUCAAACAGAAGCUCCCAAAGUAAUUAACCAAUUUGUUACUGAUAUUAGGCAUACUAAAUCUUCAGAUUCAGUAAAACUAUUCUCAUUGUUAGCUUUGGGUGAAAUAGGCAGGCAGAUGGAUCUCAGUGGCUAUGGAAAAAUUGAAAAUGUGAUAUUAGAAUCAUUUUCAUCUCAGAAUGAAGAAAUUAAGGCAGCAGCAUCUUAUGCUUUAGGUAAUGUAAGUGUGGGUAAUCUUCCAUAUUUCCUGCCUUUUGUUCUUCAAGAAAUAAAGAAUCAACCAAAAAGACAAUAUCUCCUUUUACAUUCACUGAAAGAGAUUAUUAGUUGUCAGUCUGUGAGUGAAAUGGAUGUAGAUCAUCUAAAACCUUAUGUGGAAGAUAUUUGGACAAUGUUGUUUGCUCAUUGUGAAUGUCCAGAAGAAGGAACUCGUAAUGUAGUUUCUGAAUGUCUUGGCAAACUGACUUUAAUCGAUCCUUCAACUUUGUUGAAUAAUCUCAAGAGCUACUUAAAUUCACCUUCUGCGUAUACUAGGAGUACUGUAGUUACGGCAGUCAAGUUCACCAUUUCAGAUCAGCCUCAAGGUAUAGAUUCUCUGCUUCGGUCAUAUAUUGGAGACUUCUUGAAAACCCUUCAAGAUCCUGAUCUGAAUGUGCGCCGGGUUGCUCUGAUUACUUUCAACUCUGCUGCUCAUAACAAACCAUCACUUAUUCGAGAAUUACUGGACGCUAUUCUUCCACACCUCUAUCAUGAGACAAAAGUUAGAAAAGAAUUAAUUCGAGAAGUGGAGAUGGGACCCUUUAAACAUACUUUAGAUGAUGGACUUGAUAUUCGGAAGGCUGCAUUUGAGUGUAUGUACACUUUGCUUGAUUCCUGCUUAGAUCGAUUGGAUAUAUUUGAAUUCCUCAACCAUGUGGAAGAUGGCCUCAAAGAUCAUUAUGACAUAAAAAUGUUGACAUAUCUUAUGCUUGUUAGGCUGGCACAUUUGUGUCCCAAUGCAGUUUUGCAGAAAUUAGAUCGUCUGGUAGAACCAUUACGAACUACUUGUACUACUAAAGUGAAAGCACAUUCUGUCAAGCAGGAGUUUGAAAAACAAGAUGAACUAAAACGAUCAGCAAUGAGAGCUGUGGCUUCCCUACUUAGUAUAACCGAUUCUGGCAAAAAUCCAAUUGUGAAUGAAUUUCUUGUACAAAUCAAAGGCAACACUGAGCUGUCGGCAAUGUUUGAUGCAAUACAGAAGGAUGUGAAUACAACUGGCUCAGAUUCCCUGAUGGAUACAAGCUGA